AUGUUAUUUUGUGGACAAGUCGAUAGUUUGGCUUUUUUGCCGGUAUCUGACAUAUUUGAAGGAAUGUCUCAUUUACGUAAAAUCAUGCCAGAAGAAUCACAUGACUUGGUGGAUUAUUUUGAUCAAACCUACGUAAAUGGGACAUACAGACGUAUUGGCCAAGGAAAUAAACUGAAAUUCCGAAAAGUACCACCUCUUUUUCCCCCCGAAAUUUGGAAUGUACACGAAAGUACAUUCCAUAAUAUCGAGCUUACAAAUAACCAAACUGAAGGUUUUAAUAAUAGAUUUUCUAAGUUGGUAAGCCAUAAGCACCCUUCUAUUUGGAACCUCAUUAAGAAAAUGACACUGGAAGUUGCAGAAAACUCCAGCAACGGUUAUUAG